CACUGAAAUGACUGCAUGAUCUGUUUCUCUGUUUGGCUCCAGCUGACUGCAACUAAGGGGGGAAGGCAGAUUCUAAAGAACAAGAACGUCUACCCCAUCAUGAGGGAGUUCCACAGAUGGGAGAAGGAACCUGAUGUCGAUGCUACCAUUGAGAAACUUAUCCAGGUGCUGAUUGGUGAUGAGCCAGAGAGUGGGAUGGAGAACCUGCUGGAGGUGGAGAUUCCUGAGGAUGUGCAGAAGAAACUUGAGGAACUAGAUGUCAAGGAACAAGAACAAAUUAAAAAAGAAGAACAGGAACUACUCGAGGCAGAGAAGAACCAGCCCAAAAGCCAGCCUUCAGAGGAACUAGAGAGAUGAUAGAAUGGAUCCUCCAUAUCACCUCCACGCAACAACUAUUUGUAAAGAAAACAAAACAAAAGAACGAACUCUUAUCAAACUAUGAUAACAGUUGUGUUGAUGAACUGAGGAGUAUUUGUUUGUGAGACGGUGACUCAUCAUGGACAUUUUUAAUGGAAUGUAACUGCAGACAGAAGGCCAAAAAUAUAAAAUAGUAAAAUAAUGUAUUCUCUAAGUACAAAAUGUC